GCGACGUUUGACGUCACGUGAGCCGCCCGUGUCCGUUCCAUCUGAGCUCCAAGAGGAGGAAGACGACGGCUUCACACACAACUGCGCCCGUGACUCGAGCCGCCGGAUGCAAAUGAGAACGAGUACGGACAGAGAAGGAGGAAACGACCCCCCCUCCACCUACUCCCACCACCACUCGGUCCCUCCUCCCACUUCCACGCGACGGACAAGUGAGCGCGAGCACUGAGAAGAGAAACAUCAACUUGUCAUUUGAAAGACAACAUCGACACUCUUGUCGAUUUCUCAUUUUGAUCGAUUCUUUUGGGACCUUUAUUCUCUCCGUUUCUUAAAAACAACAACUGAGGAUACCAUUUUCUAAUUUCGUUGCCCCCCCCCAUUCACAAAAAAAUUUCGGUGAGCUUUUCCACUCAGCUGUCAGUAACAUUUUGGACCCCCCUCCCCAGAGGAGUGCAAUGGAAUACUUCGAGGCAAACAGUCUUGCAAAGAAAUAAAAGGGACUUGCUGUCUUCGUGGUGCGCGAAAAAAGUCAUCCAAACUCUUAUUGGUAGCUCCUGUGGUCAACUCACCUCGCCCCUUCAAGUACACCCCCUCCAACUUCCAUAUCACAGGUGUUUCUUCGCGACCCCCCCCCCCCCCCAUCCAUCUAUCCCAGGAUGUCCAGGCAGCUCACCCAGCUCCCAACCCCGGACCUUCCGGCAGGCGCUAGCCCUCAGUUUGGGAGUUGCACCCAGCCGGCUGGCUCCCUGACCGGGGGGCACCUGAACUCCAUGGUGGGACUCAAAUCCCUCCUGCAGCACCCUAUGAAGGGGGACCAACGUUUGAGAAGCCCUUGUGAUCUCAAAGAUAAAGAACGAUCAAUGGACCUCGAUGAAGACUCUUUGGGAGUGUGUUCUAUGAGGAACACAUCUGGAAUAGGCGGCGGCAGCAAUGGAUGCAACGGAGGAAGUAACGGCGGAAAUGGAGUAGGCAAUUUCAACCAGUUCUUGGGGCCUCUUUUGUGGGAUCGCACCCUACAGGCGGACGGGGGGCUCUUCCAACUGCAGUACAUGGACUUGGAGGAGUUUCUGACCGAAAACGGAAUGGGCAGCAUGCACAACAACAACAGCUCCAGUUCGGCCCAGAUCCCUUCUCAGAGCUCCCCAUCCGCGGUACCAAACCAGAGCUCCCAGUGCCUACCGCCCCCAUCCCCGCAAGGUUCUUCAUCUUCAUCGCCCUCGUCCUCAUCAUCCCCGUCCCUGCUCGGUUUGGAGGUGGCGCAACCACCGAGCCUAACUGGAGGAAACGACUGUCUACACGGGAGCCAGACAAGUAUGAAUGAUUCGUGCGAGUCGCCAUCUUCAUCGUCCUCGUCGCCGUCAUCCUCGUGUCCUCCCUUGCUGACGCCAACAAGCAGCGGCCCGGAUGCGGUGGGAAUCUUUGACCUGGAUCCCUCGGACAUCGUUUUGUCCAACGGCCCCGGCCAGCAGAACUUUGACCCCAGGCAGACCUUCAGCGAAGAGGAGCUCAAGCCGCAGCCCAUGGUGAAGAAGGCGCGCAAGAUCCUGGUGCCCGAUAACAUGAAGGAUGAGAAGUACUGGAGCCGACGAUACAAAAACAACGAAGCGGCCAAGCGCUCCCGAGAUGCGCGGCGCCUCAAGGAGAACCAAAUAUCGGUGCGCGCCGCCUACCUGGAGCGCGAGAACGCCGCCCUGCGACAGGAAGUGGCCGAGAUGCGCAAGGAACUGGGCCGCUGCCGCAACAUCCUGAGCAAAUACGAGAAUCGUCUGGCCGACCAGUGAUCAAUGACGAUGACAACGACGAAGAGUAAAAUAAGCUGGAUUCCUUUUAAAGACUUUUUGAGAUGACAGAUGGACAAGUCUGGAAUCAUGAUGAUGAUGCUAAUGAUGAUUAAGGGGGGGGGGUGAUUAUGAUGAUGAAUGUAUUAGGAGGAUGAAGAUGAUGAGGAAGGCAUGCGUUCCGCAGCUCAGGUGUCUUGUUUUUGUCAAGCUCUUAAAAGUGACAGACGGAGAGAAUAAUUUAACAGAUGUGACUUUUAAGGGUUUUGCUAUUGGAGAAUUGUAUAUUUUUAUAAUACUUCAGAAAAAACAAUUAGCGAAAGAGUAGAAAUUUGGAGAAUAAUUUUGUAUAUUUUCUACGUGACUAGAAGACGGAGGGGAACGCUAUCUUUUUAUCGCAGAUGAGUCAGGCAUAACGGGGGUCCGCCACGGAUGAGUGUUUCUUUCGGACUCCUCGACGGGUGUCGCGAGGGCGACGGCGCGUGUAACAAUUGUAACAUAGAGAGCAAAAAUGAUCUUCAUGUCGUAUAGUUCUACUUUUUUUGUGGAUUUUACUUAUGCAAGCAACGCAAGCACUUAUGUUUUCUUUAUUUUUCUUCCCCUCCCCUGCCACGUCCUCUUUAUUGUUUUGGAGAGACGGGCUGAGACGUUUUGUGCAUUUUCUUUUUUUUAAAUUUUUUUUUAUUUUCCAUAAUUUUUUAAAUAGACAAUCCUCUGUAAUUUACCACUCGGGCUAAUUUGAUCAGACUGGUACUUCACUGAAUGGACACUAGUGGUGAAAGUCUUUGUGAUGCUGCUUCUCUUUCUACUACUUUCAUUCCCAUUUCCAACUAGUACGAUAACAUUUCCCAAAAUAUGUAUUGUUUAUUUUUUAACCUCGGUACUGGAUUUAAACACUACAACAUACCGUACCAUAUAGUAAUGAUAAGUGUCGUAUGCUUUAAUACAGCAAGUCAAAAUGAACGUAAUUCGAUAGAAAAACAGAUUUUUGUUAUUAUAACUAUUUUUACAAAUGAAAAUAUUUUUCAGAAAUAGUUUCUAACGUGAAAUUUUUUUCAAUGUACUCCAAUCAUUUUCAAAUUGUAUUGCAAGGAGUAUUAUCGGAAGGGCCUGUGCUAUUUUCAGCAUAUUUCGGGAGAUUCGUCUCACUUAAAGCCAAAAUCGUUUCUACGAGCCACAAAGUUGCUUUUUUUUUAUUUAAAAAAAUUCCCCUCCUCUACUUUUUACUGCAUCUAUUAUGCUGAUUGUUAUGAUUAUUAUGAGGAUUAUCCCUGUUAUUGUUGUUGUUCUAUAUUAACGACUGUUUUUAUUCCUUUUGGAUGAUCCACCUUGAUGCACCUUGAUAGUGUUCCAUCCCCACUUGAAAAAAAGACUAUGACCUUCUCACUCUGGUAUUCCUUAAUAUUGCCCACGGACACUAUUACCACACUACUGCUUUAAUGGAAUUCACCAUUGUGUCCCCCCUCUAAAACAUGCCUUUUUUUUAAAAGGACGAGCUCCUCACGCACCCGCUGGACUAUGCACGGCGUCGUCCUUUCGUUGCUUUUCUUUCAGCCUUUUUCACCUUCCGUCAAGUGAUUGUUCGCUCUCCCCCAACAGGACUGUUCUUAAUCUCCUCACAGAUGUGCUUGAUCAAUCUUUAGCGUGACUCUAAAUGAACUGCAUCUGGCUCCCCUCCUCACCUGUGACAUCAGUGGGCUCCGUGGUAUCCGACCCGCUAUGUGCUGGUUUUAUGGAUGUAGUUGAGAUUUUCCCAGAAUUACACCAAUAAAAGAUUAUUCUCAUUCA